UUGCGUCACACGAGUAUAUAUAUGCGCAUAUACGGACGCAUGUACAACUGCCUUCUGAAUGCCUCUAUGACUUGGUUUGCCUCUGCGCUGGACCCCCAUCCCACUUUGUCACUCCACAAUUACAGCAUACGAAGCACGCUUACCGGGACCUUUGACACGCAGACAAAUUAUUCCAACGUAACAAGAAAUCAGAUAUUUCAAGCCUACAGCUCGCUACAGUAUAUAGUCCGCGGUCCUUGCGCAGGCACCAACACGCACGCGAUCGACAUGCAGGUAAAAGAAAAACUCUGUGCAGCAUCUGACGCAGCUAAACGCGACUGCAAACACUUCCACGCCUAA